CGUGGAGGGGCGGGGCCGCUCCGGGCCAAUGGGAGGCCGCGGGACCGGGAGUUUGUUGGGUGGUUACAAGAAAGUUACACAAGGCUCGAAGCCGCCGCUGCCGCGUCCCAGCGCGGGGAAGGAGACGCAGCCGCGGCGGGGAUCCCGGGCCCGCACUAGCCUCGCCGGCUCGGGCGAGCCCGGCUGCUGCCCCCAUGGGGCCGAGCCCGGGGCUCCUGCUCAUCGGCGGCUCCUUCGCGGCGUUCCGGCUGCUGAACCGCGGGCUGGAGCGGCUGGUGCCCCCGCCCCGCCCCGCGCUCCGCAACCGCUGGAAGUGGCGAAACAUCUGGACCUCGUUCGCGCACAGCCUGCUGAGCGGCGCCGGGGCGCUGCUGGGGUUCUAUCUCCACCCGCAGAUGGCGGAGGACCUGAUCGGAACUCACUCCCGGGCUGCGCACUGCGUGGUCUCGGUGUCCAUAGGAUAUUUUCUCCAAGAUUUUGUGGAUAUGUUGUGUAAUCAGAAGCUUCACCAGUCCUGGGAGCUGCUUUUCCAUCACUCGGUGGUGAUUAUCUGCUUUAGCGUGGCAGUGCUGGUUCAUCGGUAUAUUGGAUUCGCUCUUGUGGCUUUGCUUGUAGAGAUUAACUCCAUCUUCCUGCAUCUGCGACAGAUCCUUCUAAUGGCCAACCUGCUGCACACCACCUGUUACCGCCUCAACAGUAUCAUAAAUCUGGGCACCUACGUAGUGUUUCGCAUCACCACGCUGGCCUGGAUGACACGCUGGCUGGUCCUAAACCGUGAAAACAUACCACUGGCAACAUAUACUGUGGGCACAGUGGGCAUGGCCAUCAUGACACCCAUGAACAUCAUCCUCUUCUACCGCUUAUUGCGCAGUGACUUCCUUAAGUCCAGCCGGGAGGCAUGGCGGGAGAAGGAGAAAUAGUCCUGUCCCGAACCCCCAGCAGGCUGUCCAGGAAAUCAGCAGCCCAGGGGACAGAGAGGGGGGACUGCAGCCAACGGAGAGUAAGCACUGAUGUGGACAGGAGCGUGUCACUAUCUUGUUUGAAGGAAAGGUGGACAAUUACAGUCCUUUCUAGAUGAGAUUCUUGGGCUUUCCUGGGGUCGCAGUUGCUUUAGAACACCACCUGACAGUUGUGGGGAGACCGAGUGGACACUGCAGGGAAGGAAGGCCUUUCCGGGCCAGAAUUCAGGGCUUUGUUUUCCCCCUGCACCCUCUGAUGGGAUGAUUGGUUGACAGGUGGCUGCUUGAGGGAGCUCUGAAGAGGAUCCUGCAGCAGCAUGGGGCAGUGGCCUAGAUGAGAAGAGAGGACAGAGUUGUCCUUCCUACAGUAGUGAUGUGUGAACUUUCAAAAAGCUAAGAGGAUUUUCUAGCUCCUUGUCUCUGCGCACUGGGUUGGAAAUCCUAUGGGCUCUCUAGGUACCUGCAUGGUCUAUGUCACCAUAAUUCAUAAGAGUUAAAAGUAUCAGAACAAUUUCUCCCAAGCCCCACACUGUUUGUGAAAUCUCAGAGGGAGGGCUAAGCUGAACGGCUACAGUUUGCAUUUGGCUCUUAACCUGUGAGGCCUGUGGUCUCAUCUCUUGCAGGCCUGAGGGGCACCUUCCAAUUCCUGCCCUUGUGAUAGUUCUCUUCUGCACUUAUGAGCCUCUUAGGGGCUGACACGUUAAUUGUCCCAGAGGAACAUAGCUGUGUUGGGAGGUCAUGGUAAUGGAGUGAGAUGAACUCUUGGGUAGGUUGAGCCAAUCCAUGGUGGGGGGGGGUUUGAAUAUCAGGACAGAAAGCUUUAAUUGGAUGCUUUUUGGAAGAGAGCUAGUGCAGAGCAAAGGGGUGAGGUUGAGGGAGCUCUAUCAGAAUUUUCAGUUUCAUUCCUAGAUGUAAUAAGUUGCAGUAACUAAGUCUUGAAUCACUGUGUCUUUGUCUAAGAGGAUGGUGUGGAAUCUUUUGACCAGCUGCAGAGAGGACGUGGAUGUCUUGCAGAUGUGGCUCUUGGGCAUCUAAAAGGUGUAAAGAGUCCAGCAGGCUCUGGAGGUUGUGAACCCAAUUAACAAUCUGUGGACGGACUUCUGUGCCAUUCUGUGCUCCUGUCUUGGAGCAGCCUUUGCCAUGAGGACAAACAGGAGGAAAGUGGGCAAAAGAAGUGACUUGGAUUUCUUGAACCUCAGAGAAAAGUUGGGUGCAGGGGGACAGUCUGAAACAACUGGCUAUGAAAUGCUGAGACUGAGACCCCCGUCUUCUAGGAAGGCAUGUGGAAUUUCAGCAAGUUAAAAGGCAGCAAAAUCUGAGGAAUCCAGGUAUGUUCCUCUCCAUGGUGGGGAGAAAACAAACUCUGUGUGGGGGCAGCCAUCAGUUGGGAACUAAGUGUGGCCAGACCUGCAUUGGUUUCCAUUUGUUCUGCAGGCUGGGAAGUGCAGCGAAGCCUGCAGGUGCAGGCGAGAAUCUCGAGUUUAGGGUUUUGGUUUGUCACCAGUAGGAAAACUGCUCAGCAGAUAAUCUUACCCCACUGGGCAUGUGAGCCUGUGACUCUUGGUGUCCCCAUAGAAGUCAUGAUGUGAUGAAGUGCCACCAGCUAUGUUAUGUCCAGUUCCCACUUACAGCACUCAUGGCAGAGAUGGCAGCCAGCCCUUUCUCCUUGGAUUCGCCCUGUCUGUGUCCAGUUCUGUAUAGCAAGUGAACUCUGCUCUAGCUGCUGAGUGAUUUAUUUGAAUUACCAUAGGACCUAGGAGCCCCAGUUGUGGAGCAGGACCCCACCGCGCUAGGUGCUGUACAAACACAGAACAAAAAGAUGGUGCUUGCCCCAAAGAGGUUCCAAUCUAAAUACCAAUAAAGUCUGAGUUAGCGUUUGCCAGCGUGUGCUCAGACGCAGAGCCAGAGGUUUAGAUGGGCCUACAUCCUGGAUUGAGUUCUGUUCUAAACUGUAUUUUGUUGCCCUUCGGGGCAGCAUGCUGCCUCUUCUCUCCUCCAGUCUGACUUCCCCACUUCACUGCACUGCAACUCCUCUCCCAAGUCCUUCGUGACACCUCCUCAGGCCAGUGGCCUGACAAAGGUGAUCGUUCCUUCCUGGGUGCCUGCAGGUCAGUGCUCCUCUGGGUGAUCCUUCAUCAUGUCCUCCCCUUCCCCUCUGGCAGAGCUGCUCAGAGGUUUUUGCUUGGCCCCAUAACUUGGCUUCCUGUAUUUCCCAACUAUAAUUACUCCAAAGACUGCCAGCAGUGGCAACUGAGAAUCAUUUACUAUCCUGCUGUUCCAGCCACAUCUUCCUUCAGUAUGGCUUCCUUUCUUCUACAUGUAGCUCAAACUUCAUCACCACUCAUCUCCUGCCUACAUAUCUACUCUCCUUCCUUCCCCCCUGCCAUGCUCUGUUUUGACUAAAAGCUUCUUUCCUAACCACUCCCUUUCAACCAUGGGUUGAAUUGGGCCAGUUCAUCAAGCUGGUAUGUUUGUUUUUGAAUGUGAACUGAAUGCAGCGAUGUCCAAGUCUUCAGACAGCCUGGAACAGCACAUCAGAGAAGUGUGAAGUGCCCUCUUUUUUCAGUGCUGUUUUAGCUCUAAAACUGACCAAUAAUUUAAAUACCAAAACUUAACUGUUUAAUUGCUGAUCAGCACAUGUAAGAAAGGAGGAGGAAUAUCAUAGUAUUAAGAUCUGUACAAUCUGCUGUGAGUGAUAACUUAUCUUGGUUUCACAUAUGAGGGAGCUUGGGGUGUGCCUAGAGCUGAGGAGACUGCAACCCCUUGUUUUUUGUAUUUGAUCCCUGGAGCCACCCAGCUGUAAGGCAGUACUGAGCCCAGCAGAGUAUGCAUAAUCACGUUAAAUGUCUGUGCAAUCUGGGAGUGAUCUCAGUUUGGUCCCCAAGUGGGUGAUACUUAGUUUCACUGUUUCCUUCCCCAAUUCAGCUCUUGCUCCUGACUCUGCCUUCCAUACUAUCUCACAUGCCUGCCUUCAAUCCUUACAAUCCUGUUCUGUGAUGUAUUCUGCCUACUGUGGCAAAUUGCCAGCACUACUAUGAUGGGUCUCAUGCUUUCUCUUCUUGGGGGGGGGGGGGAGAUUCAGGGCACCAUUUCUUGCCCCUGAACUGGGGUAUUAACUGCCCCACUAGUGUCCUAGUGGAGAGGGAGGGACCCAGGUCUGCCCUCUACUCCAGGUCCCAGCCCAGGGGCCCUAGAGAUAGCAGUAAACCACUUGAACUAGCGGUUCCUUCCCCUGGGAUACUUCCCUCUCCUGCUCUUCAGCUUGUGGGGCUUCCUGCCAUCCCUCUGCACAAACCAGGUGUCCCUUUACCUAGGGUCUUGGUCGUCUUAACCCACCGCAGCACUUCUCCAAACUCUCCUCUGCUUCCCUCCAAACUGCUCUUUGCUCCAAUGUCAAUCCACUCUGCUUCAACUUCUCCCCUUGUCUGAUUGAAGCAGGGGUUUUUUAUCAGGUUACUGGCUUCAGGUGCUCUAAUUGGCGUCAGGUGCUUUAAUUAAUCUAUAGCAAACUUUCUUCCCUCUACAGGGAAGAGGGCUCCCUUCUGACACUCUCCUGCUGCCCUCUGGCCAUGCUGUAUCACGCUACCUAUUAGUCUUUCUAUAGUAAUUUGUUUUAUGUUCUCCCAAUCUCUAGAGAAUGUAAUUUUGUUGAGUCAGAUACUUGUUUGUUACCUCCCUUUAAUCAUGUGGCAUUGUUUACUCACAGCAUUCUAUGCUCUGGCUAGAUCCCUGUAUAGACUAAAGGGAUCUCAACAUCUUCCCUGGCAGAGCACCCAGGAUUUAUCUAGGGUACCUCAAAUGUAGGGACACUGAAAUCAGGAAGUCUCUGUAGAGGGCUUGGGACCCUCUGAUGGACACUGGGGAAACCAAAGAUACUGUGAUAUUCUGAGAGAUUCAUCUAAUAAGUGUGUGCAGAUCACCUACAAUGGGAAUGCUAAGGAGUGGGCGAUAUGAUGGAUUUUCAGUUUGGUAUGUGGCCAGUUGCUACCUACAAGCAGACUCUGAUGCUAUUUGGUCCUGCUCCAAGUUGACAGUCCUGGGAUGAAGAGCUACAGGGAUGGGGACUCCUGGUCCCAGUGAGAAGGAUAACAGUGCAUUGGGACCUGUAAGAACCAGGAUUGGGAUCUCUGCCAUGAACCCAUCUUUGUGAUGAUUGCCAGCUCUAGAGGAGAGCGGGGGCCAAACUUGCUUUCACUGCCUCAUACCUUCUGAUUCAUUCAGAAACACUGACUUCACACCUGCUUCAAGGUUCCUCUGUUGUACUGUGUUAAGGACUAAGGCCCUGAUCUGGUGAGAUGCUGAAUGACCUGAAUUCCCGAUGUGACGAAGCAGGAACGUUCUUAAUGUUUUCUCUGAAUACUGUGUGGGUGCCUCAGUUUCCCCCAUGCAGUUCUUAAGUAUCUAGGUGGUGGAAUAAGGGCGUGUGAUUGUUGCAGAGCUGUAGAGGGGCUGCACAGAGAAUGGCCGACACCCUAUCUCCUGUCCGCUGAUGGCCUGGACCCCUCUCCUCUGCAAAGGUGCCAACUGAAGGUGUUGGAGAACAGAGAGAUCAGGUGACCUCGUGGCCUGGGAAAG